AUGGCAGAAUCAUUUCCCUUGGACCAAUCGAUGUUGGACAAAUGGCGUGAUCGUCUACGAGAUAUCGACUUCUGGCUAAAAGGGUAUCUCCACAGCGAUGCAUACUAUAGCUUGCGGAAAAAAUUGGUUGCCUAUAAGCACAUACAGUGGAAUGUCGGGGUCGGACCGACAGCAAGUUUCACACAAGCUAUAAUAAGCAUCAUCUGGGAGGAAAAGAUGAGGUUGGAUGGUCCCUUUGAUCAUGUAAUCGAGGUGGACAUGAAGCAAGCAUCAAGGUCAAGGACGAGGCUCAACAUUAAUGAGAGACUGGCCAUCAAAGUGGCAGAGCAGCUCGGUCUGCUCGCUCUCAACCAAGAAUAUUAUUACAGCAGGCUCAAGGAAGAAGAUUAUGAGUUGCAGUACUAUACGUACGGGAUGAUGGAUUGCUCAGACUCACUACACAACUUGUCAAGGUCAAUGGUUCCUCACAUUCUUCAAAAGCUGUUGGGGAAGAGGUACAUGCUUGUGGUUCAGAACAUAGACGAGCCAAUCAAGAUUGAUGCUUUAACACAGGAGGUAGGACUUCCACCUCCUGCGUGGGAAGGCUCUUUCUGGAUCAUGUCCACCACCUCCGAAGAUGUCUAUGACGAUAGCAAGUCAUCAGAUAACGAGUGUGUCGUCCAAUCCUUUACUGGGGAUGAUAUAUUGAUCCUUGCUGUCUACUCACUACAUCAAGCAGCUAAGUACAUAUCUAAUGUGAUCGCCAACAAAGACGAGCAGCAUUGGCACCUUGUGUCCCUUUGGUGCUUCCACUAUGUUGUAAUACUGCUCAAUCCUCCCUUUGCUGGUGGCAUCGGCGAGAAGUCCUUGAACAAGCUAGAGAAGCGGGUCGUCGUGCCAUCCUCUGUCAUGCCCCUUGGCCGCCGGCGAUUGACCGCCGUAGACGUGACAUCCUCGCUCUUGGAUAGUGAUGAUGAUGCACCCUUGGAUAGUGAUGAUUAUGGAUCCUUGGAUAGUGAUGAUGAUGCAUCCUUGGAUAGUGAUGAUGAUGCAGUCGUCACCUCCUCCUCGGCUGUUGAGGUUGCCCCCAUCCUGCGUGCUGCCAAUGAGGUGGAGGCCAUCAACCCACAUGUCGCCUUCCUCUGCCGCUUCUAUGCCUUCGAGAAGGCUCAUUGCCUUGACCCAUCCCACGAGGGUCGAGGUGUCAGCAAGUUCCUAACUGCACUCCAACGAAGGCUUGAGAGGGAUAGCGACUCAACACUUAGGGGAAGGGUCAAACGUAAUGACUCCAGAGAAAUGAAGAGUUUCUUGCAGCACUACCACAAGAAGUACAUCCAGGAAGUGCUGGAAGAUCCUAGUAUAGUGGACAAGAGUCAACUCAGUAAAAGGUAUCAAACCGCUGCUGUGCUAUCUGAAGUGCAAUCUGCUGUGUACCACGGGCUUAGGAUUCCUGAUGCACUGGAAAAAGAUAUUACCUCAGAUAAGUAUGAGCUGAUAUGGCAAUGGGCCUCCCACGGCAUCCUACUUGCCACCAAAGGAACUGUCCGAGAAAGAAUAGGGGAGGUGACAGACAACUACCACGGCAAAUACAAUGAUGACAAUGUAUAUCAAGUUGGAAAUGUCAUCCUUGAGACAUUUCAGGAGUACUCAUUGCUACAGCUACCCUUUUCUUCUAAAGCUAUUAAAGCUGAUGAUGCCACGAAGACAGCUGCACACUUCUUAGCAUAUCACGGCCUCAUUGCAGAGCAGCUGGCUAUAGAUGAACUUUGGGAUGACCAUCAUCAUCCUAGGUUGGAGCACAUGAGGUGGAUCUCACAUGUGGAUGACCGAGGAUGGCAAAUAAGUAGAGAAUGGUUGAGCCACGGGCCUAGGGGCCCGACCACACAUAUUGAAAGGCGUUGCUCACCAAGCCUUUUUGCGAAGCUUGAUCAAUUGUUGUUGCCCAAGCUCCUUGAUCUUCAUGUUCUUGAUCUCUCAUAUACUGAAGUAGAAUCACUCCCUCCUUCAGUCUGCUAUCUACAAAAACUCCAAUUGCUUUUCCUCAAGGGAUGCCAUAAACUCACAAAUCCAUUCAGCUUUCCAAGUACCAAAAGAACAAUCCCUGGAAAAAAUAGCAACAAUAGGAUUAACUUGCUCUACCUAGAUCUCUCCUACUCAAAUGUAGAAACUUUUGAUAGUGACUUCUUCCAUAACAUGCCUAGUCUACAAGAGCUCCUGCUUGUCGGUUGCUUCAACCUUGUGGAGUUGCCACCCUCCAUUGCUACAUUGUCUAGUCUAACAACACUCAAGCUCCCAAGGACUCGGAUAAAAUCUUUCCAUUACUGGGAGAUAUUUAACAAAAUGAAGAAGCUCCGUUCACUUGAGCUAAUUAACAAUGGGGGGUUCGAAACUGAGAAAGAGCUAAAACUAGAAGGGCAUCCUACCCUAAGAUCAUUCUUAUUGGUUAGCGCACCCUAUAUAAGGAGAUUGUCCUUGAAUGGAUGUAGAAAUCUGGAGUCUGUGGACACUCUCAAGAAGUUUAAUACUUUAGAGGAGCUUGAUCUUUCUGCUACUGGUAUCAACGAGCUCCCAGCCGACAUCCCUAAUCUACCCUGGCUUGGACGAUUGCUUCUCAUAGGUGUUCCUGCUCUAAGGCGCUUUCCUUGGCAUGAUCUGAAACGACUCCCAGAUAUGUUUUGCUUGGAUCAGAGCUUGGAGGGAGAGGGAGUUCAUUCUAGUCCACAAGUUGCUCAGAUGGUAUCUGUCUCAACCUAUGCUGAUGUAAAACAUAGCUAUCUAACAGAGGGAGUCUCUAUGGUAUCAAUGGAUGACAUGCUUCCCUUCCAGGUGACCGAGCGUCAUGUGGAGAUCUCAGCAGUAGAUCGGUAUCCCGCCGGUCUAACCCAUGUUCUAGAGGUCACCAAGUCGCUCCCUUGCCUCCAAAAGAUACGCCUCCAGGAGUUGCCACUGCUGGAGCAUCUCUACGUUGGCGACGCCAUCCUCACCGCACCCAAGUGGGAGGAGUUCCAGGUCCGUGGGUGCUGGAGCUUGCGUCGUCUCCCUCGCCUCCACCAACAACCAGACAAGGCCGUGAAGCAGGGGUCUGGGGACUGGGCGGCCAGCCCCGCCGACGCGCCGUGGCUCAGCAGCAGUGCCGCUGGUCGCCUGCUGCUGCUGAGCGCGGGCGCGGAGAGCCAGAGUCCAAAGAGGAGAGUGUGA